GCUCUUCUGAACAAUUCGCAACAAGAAAUUGAAAUGGGCCGGCGAAUGAUGCCCUCCGCCCAUCGCCCGUGGAGAGCCGUUGCCUUUCCCUCUAGGGCAUCUCAAGCUUCCAUUCCCUCGGUUUUAGAGUAAAGUGGUUUGGGGUUUGUUCUUUCAAUGGCGCUGAGGUUUGAGGUGGUAGGGAGAUUCAAUCGUGCCCGUGCAGCUCGCUUAACGCUUCCGCACUUUGUGUGCCAAACACCACUUUUCAUGCCUGUGGGGACUCAAGGUACUAUAAAGGGUCUCACUAAUAACCAGCUGGAAGAUAUUGGUUGCCAGAUAAUACUUGGGAAUACAUACCAUCUUGCUCUUCGUCCUGGUGCUGAUCUGAUUGAUGAAUUAGGUGGUCUGCACAAAUUGAUGAAUUGGAAAAGAGCAUUGCUUACAGACUCGGGUGGUUUUCAAAUGGUUUCCUUGUUGCAUUUAGCUGACAUCACUGAAAAAGGUGUGACAUUUCAGUCUCCUGUUGAUGGGAAACGCAUGCUCCUAACACCUGAAGAGUCAAUCCAAAUUCAAAACAAGAUUGGAGCUGAUAUUAUCAUGGCCCUUGAUGAUGUUGUGAAGACCACCACUACAGGUCCACGAGUUGAGGAGGCCAUGUACCGAACUCUUCGCUGGAUAGACAGAUGUUUAGCUGCUCAUCAGAAACCUGCCGUGCAGAAUUUAUUUGGAAUUGUUCAAGGAGGAUUAGAUCCAGUUCUCAGAGAUAUAUGUUUGAGGGGCUUGGUUGAACGGAAUUUACCUGGCUAUGCUAUAGGUGGUCUUUCAGGAGGUGAAGAUAAAGACUCUUUUUGGCGUGUUGUUGCCCAGUGCACUGCUGCACUGCCUGAAGAUAAACCACGUUAUGUGAUGGGUGUUGGCUAUCCGCUUGAUAUUGUAGUUUGCAGUGCUUUGGGUGCAGACAUGUAUGACUGUGUUUAUCCUACACGUACUGCACGUUUUGGCACAGCGCUAAUACCUGAGGGAGUUUUGAAGCUGAAACACAAAGUGAUGGCCAGUGAUGAACGUCCUAUUGAUCCCACAUGUUCAUGUAUGGUUUGUAAAAAUUACACUCGAGCUUACAUACAUUGCCUUGUCACGAAAGAUGCCAUGGGUUCCCAACUUCUGUCAUAUCAUAAUUUGUCAUACAUGAUGAGGCUUAGCAGGGACCUCCACACAUCAAUAGUUGAGGGACGCUUCCCACAGUUUGUGCAAGGAUUUUUACGUGCACAGGUUUGUUUUUGGCCACAUCUGAGUAUUUCUCAUGCCAAGGCCCCAAACCCGGUUAAAAGAAAAAAAGGAUCCAUCGACCAACAGAGACUGUUUGGUGUUUUCCCCAAGGGUGAUGUCCCAAAGUGGGUUUGCAAUGCCAUGGAGGUUGCUGGCAUCGACAUCUCUGCCUGCUGUGCUCCACUCACAUCAUCCCAAAAUUAGGUGCAAUUAUUCUGACACGACCAACCAUUUAACAGGAAUCAAGCAUGGUUUGGCCAGUACCAGCACAACCCAUGCACCCAGUUGGAACAGGUCAAACACCACAUGACCAGCAGGGUUUGGGGGCAGUUUCCAGACUGGUAUAAUUUUUCUAGAUUAUUCAGCACAAGACCCAGAUGUCUACGGGGCCAUGGACAUUCAACCAGGGAUUGAAUCUUUAAAGUAAGUCAUUAUACAUUCUUCUAUUACAAUACUAUUUUGCCAUUUUUCACUUGUACAUCUUACUGGUUUCUUGAUUCAUGUUUUCUUAAAUGAGUAUCAGUACUGAUGAUGGCACUCCAGUAUCACACUCCUGUUCCAGUAUCACUGAAAAACAAAGCAUCAUCACUCUAAUAUCCAUAUCACACAACAAAAAUCUAAAAUAUGAAAAAUAAAAAUAAUAUUGCAUAUCAAAUAUAGUUCAGGUACCCAUACCGUGAGUCGGUAUGGCACAGAUCGAUACCAUAUUGGUCCAAUAAAAAACUGAAACCAGUGUUGGUAUGAGUAUUUCAAUCUUUGAUGUGCAUGGUCACAGCUGACAAUGAUUCUGAUUUUAAAGGGGAGAAGCUACUUUGUCAAGUAAAUUUGGAAGGCUCUAGAAUAAAUGAAAGUUGGAGUAAUGCAACACUUAAGAAUAUCUAGGGAGAAUACCAAAAUGACCCAAUUUCCUGACACAAAUAGAAAAGGAAGAGGAGAAAAAAUUAGAAUAACAAGAAAUUCCUUCUCAGUGAAAUAUAGUUUUACUAAUAAUGUUAAAAGGAUAAGAAUUCAGAUUUGCUUUAUUUCUGAGGUCCCUCUGUGAUUCGAACGAUAUAGUUUAUGAAAAAAUUGAAAAUUUCAAAUUACACCUUGCAUCUGAAUGGCACCAAGGCAAGCAGUAUAUUUCCUUAAAACAAUAUAUUUGUUAACCUAACCAUGCAAACAAGAAUAAGUAGAACUACAGUAGAAGCAUUGCUUUAAAAUAAGAGGUUGGUGAACUAUUUAUCAUAACGCAUUAACUUCUAAACACACUACAGAGUAAGAGGGAACACAUUAACUCUCUAACAUAUUCAUAUAACUAGCCAUCAUCCAAUUAAUUCAGGUAAUUUUUUUUUACUAAAUUUGCAAGAAGACAUGACAAGAACAAAUGAAUGAUUUACCCAAGCGAUGAAACUACAACAGUUUAAAGGAUAAGGUAUGCAAUUAUGACCUUAGUGAAAUGGUAACGUCAAAUAAAUUAUUUACCAAAUAAGUGAAACUAUAAAUAUCUAUAGAAUGAGUGGCCGAAGAAAUGAACCUGAUGGAAAACAUCAAGCAGAAUUUAGAAGGAAAGGGGAUGGUGUGGCACCAAUUGAUUUCAAGGCAUAAUAUAACUUAUUUGCACCUAUUUCCUUCAAAUACUAGCCUAUACCAAAGUUAUUUACAUCCAAAAGGCUUCACAAUUAUUAUUUUACCUGCGCACCAAUACCAUAUUCCCGAGAAUCCACAGGCAAUCCUAAUUCCUCAUUAGCUUCCACAGCAUCACGGCCAUCAUCCUGUAAGUUGUAGGCGCGAAGCUUGUGACCCAAGCCAAUACCCCUUCCUUCGUGUCCACGAAGGUAAACUAACACACCCCUCCCAGCCUCCUCAAUCAUUUCCAUGGCCAGGGCCAGCUGAUUACCACAAUCGCAUCUGGCUGAUCCAAAUAUGUCCCCUGUAAGGCACUCCGAAU